GUGAAGUUGAUAAAUGGAGUCUCAGUGUUUGUCAAGUUAGUUUUGUUUACGCGACGGAAGAGAUUUUUUUUUUCACUCGGAACCCAAAAGCACUCUAUACGUCUUGUGUAUGUUGAGAGGUAGAUGAAGUCAGUGAUAAUGUGGGGUACUCCAAUUCGUUAUAAAUCGGGAUUCAAGAUGUCCCGCAAUCAUAAGGACAAGUAUGAAAGCUCAAAUCCCCGUCGUAUGCACACCAUUAUGUCCACUGAGGACGCCAACUCUGGCAAGAAAUCUUAUUGGCCGGAGUUGGAGAUAACAGGCAGUAUACGAAAUUUGAGUCCCAAUAUAUGGCAAUUGACUCAUUUAACAGCACUAUAUCUCAAUGAUAAUAGUUUACAAAGGAUACCGUCUGAAAUAGGACGGUUAGCUCAGUUGAGGGUACUUGAUUUAAGUAGUAAUAAACUACGCAGCCUGCCUGCUGAACUUGGGGAUCUCAUCUACCUCAAGGAGUUGCUUUUAAAUCAGAAUUUUCUCCGAGUAUUGCCGUACGAAUUAGGAAAGCUAUUCCAGUUACAAUUGCUUGGUCUACAUGGGAAUCCACUCAAUAAGGAGGUGAUGGCACUCUACGGCGAGCCAUCAGGGACUCACAAGCUGCUGUCCUACAUGCUCGACAAUUUACAAGUAACAGCGAAUCAUCCACCGCAGAGACCAUGGAUACCGUUGACAAGACCCAACAGGACCCGGCCAACGUGUAUCUUUACAGUAAUGUGCUAUAACGUUCUUUGCGACAAAUACGCAACACGUCAGAUGUAUGGAUACUGUCCCAGUUGGGCACUUGACUGGGAAUAUCGCAAAAAAGGAAUACUCGAUGAGAUACGUCACUAUGCCGCUGAUAUUAUCAGCCUGCAGGAAGUUGAAACUGAUCAAUUCUACAACUUUUUCUUACCCGAGCUCAAGCACGAUGGCUAUGAUGGUAUCUUUUCACCGAAAUCAAGGGCAAAGACCAUGGCCGAGAAUGAUCGAAAGUAUGUGGAUGGCUGUGCUAUCUUCUACAGAACUGCCAAAUUUACGUUGAUAAAGGAGCAUUUGGUGGAAUUCAAUCAACUCGCGAUGGCCAAUGCCGAGGGCUCGGAUCACAUGUUGAAUCGAGUAAUGCCAAAGGAUAAUAUCGGAUUAGCAGCACUUUUAAGAACCACUGAGGCUGCAUGGGAUAAUGGACUGCCCACUGAUCCCGCCCAGAUCCAACAGCCAAUUCUCGUGUGCACGGCACACAUCCACUGGGAUCCAGAGUUCUGUGAUGUUAAAUUGAUUCAAACAAUGAUGCUGAGCAAUGAGCUUCGGUCAAUCCUCGAUCAGGCCGGUCAGUCCUUCAGACCAGGGCACAAACCUGACUCUUCCAAUGUUCAAUUGCUGCUUUGUGGAGAUUUCAACUCACUACCUGACUCCGGUGUAAUAGAAUUUUUGACAUCUGGACGUGUUGCUUCUGAUCACCGUGACUUCAAAGAACUGGGGUAUAAAUCUUGCCUGCAAAAAAUAUCAGGAUGUGACAAACCCAACGAAUUCAUUCACUCAUUCAAACUUGCCUCCGCUUACAGUGAAGACAUCAUGCCGUAUACGAAUUACACAUUUGACUUCAAAGGAAUAAUUGACUACAUAUUCUACUCAAAACAAAGCAUGGUCCCACUGGGACUACUGGGCCCCCUGAGUGCUGACUGGUUUAGGGAACACAAAGUUGUUGGAUGCCCUCAUCCUCAUAUACCAUCAGACCACUUUCCAUUAUUAGUCGAAUUGGAAAUGAAUCCAAUAGUGGGGACUAGUAAUGGAUUAAUCUCCCGCAGGUAGCAGCCGCUACGUUCUAGGCCCAAACAAUAAGCAAUAAGUGAAAUGAUUAAGCAAAAACAAACUAGCGACUUAUUGUAAUGAAAGAGACGGAAACGAACGGAAACGAUAAAAAUAUCUCAGCAACCCCCUCAUCACUCCAACAACAUUCUGGCUCUGGCAAUAAAACUCGCAAAAUACUUACACAGCGAAAUGACUCAAUACUCCAUAUUACCGCACAUUGAAAACGACAAGGAAAGAGUAAGAUAAAAUAUUUAAUUAAAAAAAACCGACAGAUAGCGAUUUCACACUCAUUCAUAUAUGACCAGGUGACGGAAGUCGUGUUGUAAUGCGUUUAGCCCAUGUAUAGUGUAUUGCAUUUUUAUGGAGUUUUAAGUCCUUAAUAUGGAAUAUCAUCUACGAUUCACGAAGUUAACGUGUAGAUACCUAUUUUCCUAUGAAACUAAUGAAACGAAUGAAAUGAAAUAAUGAAAAUAUAU